AUGGCAUCCAGGAAACUCAUAUUCGUGACCGGCAACACGAGCAAGCUCAAGGAAGUCCGCGCAAUUCUCUCACGGUCUGGCGUCGAGAUUGACUCCCAAGACCUCGAUAUCCCAGAAAUACAGGGAACGACACGUGAAGUCACCACCGCAAAAUGCCGCCGCGCCGCUGAACUGCUAGGAGGACCAUGCAUCACCGAGGACACCGCUCUGUGCUUUGAAGCAUUGAACGGCCUUCCAGGGCCAUACAUCAAGUACUUCCUUAAGGAGCUCGGCCACGAUGGCUUGAACAAACUGCUCGUCGGCUUUCCGACCACAGCCGCUUGGGCGCUCUGCACAUUUGCAUACAGCGCAGGCCCAGGCUCGGAGCCCAUCCUGUUCGAAGGCCGGACGGACGGCCACAUCGUAACUGCUCACGGAGACGGCAAGUUUGGUUGGGACCCUACCUUCGAGCCAAAUGGCACAGGUCAGACAUAUGCUGAGAUGACGCCGGAGAAGAAGAACUCACUAUCGCAUCGAUAUCGGGCGCUGUCGAAGUUGCAGGAAUAUCUAAGCACUCUGACAGAAUAGAGUCUGAUAGGUGGCUAGUAAUACAACAUCACCGGCACAGAAGAGCUGAGAAGACGACCUGAAAAUGAAUAUCACGACUUCUACGAUCGACAGGUUCACAAUCUUGAAACCGACCCUUGAUUGUCUGAUGAUUUCGGUGCUCGUGCUGCGAACGGUGCAAUUGUAUGCACAGCGGAGACCAGCAAAUGCUUUGUCUUCUUAUCAUAUAC